CAGCUUUUCGUGUGAAUUCAAGCCUGAGUUCUCUCCAGUUUCAACGUUUCUCUACGAACUCACUACUCACUAAUUACGAACGCAACCUACUGAAUCAUGCCUCGCCAAUCUCGUUCCCGUGCUGCCCCCGCUGCUCGUCCUGCUGCCCCAGCUCAGUCAAGAGGUGCCCAUACCGCCGCACUCCCAGCUGGUGCCCAAUCACACUCCAACCCUGCACAUGCACCCGCACCUGCACAUACCCAAGCACCCGCACAGUCCUCGGGACCUGGCAUGAUGGCUCAGAUGGCUGCCACAGCUGGCUCUGUUGCAAUAGGAUCCACCAUCGGCCAUGGGCUCUCAUCGAUGCUCUUUGGUUCAUCGUCCUCUGCACCCGCUCCUGUUGAGCAGGCACCGCCUGUGCAACAGCAGAGUUACCAGAGCCAAGGUGUUAGCUGUGAAGUACAGGCAAGGGACUUCACCAAGUGUCUCGAGAAGGCAGACAUGCCGUCUUGCUCGUGGUAUUUAGAGCAGUUGAAGGCUGUGAGUACCGGCACUAUACCAACCUCACCUGGGACUGAUUGCUUAUUUUGUAAUACAGUGCCAGUCUGCUGCAGCCCCGUACUAAUCUGUGAAAGGGUUUGCGUGGAAUUGAAAGUGGUAGAUCUUUUUCCGCGUUUUUAUCUCGCAGAAGAUGUAUCGGAGGUGCCAGAGUAGUAAAUGCGUACUACAGAUUAUUGCAAUUGGCUUACUGCAACGAUUAUGCUUAUAACACCACUGGAUUAUAUGUAGAUAUCAUGACCAAAUAUCCCCACUCAGUUGCUCAAUUGCAGUACUCAGCUUUAACGUUGUUUGAAUCACCAGGCCCUUCGUAUAGAGGAACUCAUGAGCCAAUCAAUCUGACUAAUAUGGCAUUAACGACACUGCAAAAGGGAGACUCAGCUAAUGGCGCUGACUAACCCAGUAAAAGAUUCGUGAAGAUCGCAGAGUACAUAUGCUGGUUGUCGGACAUUAAUAUGACUCGGUGGCCAGGGGUCCUCAAGUAUAGCAUAAAGCUCCUUCGAUCCGAACAACAUUGCAUCUGCCAACCUUGCAAAAUCUAUCGUCACAACACUUGAUAAUCAGAUAUCACAACAACAAUGACCCUCAAGCUCUAUGGCAUGGCUCUCUCGACUAACACGCAGCGCGUCACGGUCGUUUGUCACGAGAAGAAUAUCCCUUUCGAGCUCGUCAAGGUCGAUCUCUUUGCCAAUGAGCACAAAUCGGCAGGAUUUCUAGAGAAACAGCCAUUUGGGCAGGUUCCGUACAUCGAUGAUGAUGGCUUUGUCCUGUACGAAUCGCGCCCAAUCGCAGCUUACAUCGCGAGGAAGUAUGCCGCACAGGGGACCCCAGGCUUGGUCCCAUCAGAUCCCCAGGAUCAUGCACUAUACGAGCAGGCAGUAGCAACCGAGAUGUCCCAUUUCGACCCCAGUGCAUCAGGCUUGUCCUUCGAGAUGAUUGCCAAAAAGAUAUUCUUUAAAACGGAUCCCGACGAAGCACGGGUGGCUCAACUGCUCAGUACGCUUAAUGCCAAAUUAGAUGUGUACGAAGAGAUCCUUGGGAAACAGAAGUACCUGGCUGGCGAUGAGAUUACGCUUGCAGACCUAUUCCAUCUUCCAGCUGGGACACGCCUGGUAAAGAUCGGGCUAGACGUCAUUGAAAAAAGACCCAACGUAUCGAGAUGGUGGAAAGAUAUUUCGUCGAGACCUUCCUGGGUUGCUGUGACAAGUUCUGCCUGAGGAUUUAUUGACAUUAGCAUGGAGACGAGAAAAAGUAGAUGCAUAAGGGAGUUCCCAAUAUCUGUGACUACCUAGUUCGCAUCGCCAAUUGAAUGUUAUUAUUAUUCCGAGUCUGUUGUUACUAAAAGCUAAUAGCCAAGAAGACCAAGGGCACGAUAUGCCUCGAAGACUGAAACCGAGCUUGGCAGAGCAUGACUGCGUAGGGUUGAAAGGAUGGCGCUGUCGCAGAGUAGGCGAGGGCGUGUCACCUGGAUCGUCUCCACGAGCAUCACUGCCACCGCAUCCUUACCUUGAACUGUGCAAUGAUAUUUGCAAAUAAAUC